GGGAACGGAUAUAGUGAGUGCAGGGUCCGGGGGGAACGGAUAUAGUGAGUGCAGGGUCCGGGAGAGCAGAUAUAGUGAAUGCAGGGUCCGGGGAGAGCAGAUAUAGUGAAUGCAGGGUCUGGGGAGAUCAGAUAUAGUGAAUGCAGGGUCCUGGGGAGAGCAGAUAUAGUGAAUGCAGGGUCCGUGGAGAGCAGAUAUAGUGAAUGCAGGGUCCGUGGAGAGCAGAUAUAGUGAAUGCAGGGUCUGGGGAGAUCAGAUAUAGUGAAUGCAGGGUCCGGGGUUUAAUAACACUUUAAAAAUAAAAAAGAAAUAUG